CUCAUUAAAUAUUCUCGUAUCUACACAUGACACUUAACAAAGUUAUAUGUAGUUGACUAAACACUAUUUGUAAAAGCUAUUAAGUGAAUAAAAAAUAAGGAUAUACAAUUUUAAUGUGCUCUAGAAAAGGUGUGAAGAGACAACAAGAGAUCUAAAUGACACAACGUAUUACAAGGGUCGUUCCUAAAGCAACGAAUCGACAAACUUAUUUUUGUAGUUUAGUAUUCUUGAAUAUUUCUAAGUAGUUAUAAGUGUCUUAAUGACGAAAGAUUGCAAUUAUGAAAGGGUGGAUAAUCAUCUUAACAUUGAUUAGUUGGUCAGGAUCAUUUGUAUGUUAUGGACAAGAAAAACCAAUUUCAAAGCAGACAAGAGCUAUCAAUUUAUUUGUUAUCAAUGAUGUAGAAAAUGUAGAAACAAAUCAAAGUAUCAAUUAUACAUUGACAGAUAUUAAAAGCUCUCAUUCUGGUGAAGUAGAAAAUAUUGUUGUACUUCAAAUCAAUGGAUCUGAUCCAAAAGUAGCUCUUACAAACAUCUGUAGUGCUUGGCAUGAUGCAGUGCAAAAUCAAAUUGGUCGUCCAGAUUUAGUUCUAGAUACAACUAGAAGUGGUUUUAGUGGUGAAAUAGUACGUAUUUUUACGGCAGCUGUAGGAGUACCAACAUUUUCAGCACAAUUUGGUGAAAGAGAAGAUUUAACACAUUGGAAUAAUUUACCAAAAGAUCGAGAAAAAUAUUUAGUCCAAGUGAAACCACCAGCAGAUUUAAUUCCAAAUGUAAUCCGAUUACUAAUAAUGCAGGCAAAUAUUAGUGAUGCUGCAAUCAUUUUUGAUGAUAAUUUUUCUAUGGAUACUAAAUACAAGACUUUACUAGCAAAUGUGUUAAAGAGAUAUGUUAUUGUAAAAGCUCAAUCAUUAAAAGAUGAUAUAUUAGAACAAUUGAAGCAACUAAGGAAAUUGGAUUUCUUAAAUUUUUUUAUCCUAGGCAAGAUAGAUACUAUCAUUAAACAAAUUAACACUGCUAUGGAUAAUAACUUUGCUGCCGAGUUUCACAAUUGGUAUAGUUUUAGCUUGAAUAAUGAAAAUAUUGGAAAUUUAAAUAGCGUACAAUCCAAUCCUAAACUACCACUAAUGUUAUUCCAACCUAAGGUGACUGACAAAGAACGAGAUCAAAUAAAAGUUUUGAUGAACAAUACAAAAUUUAAAGAAGUUCAUAUUAUGUCUGCUUUUUAUUAUGAUUUUAUUAGGAUUGGUAUUAAAGCUAUGAGAUUAGCUGUGAAAGAAAAUCUCUGGCCAACAGAACCUGAAUAUAUUACUUGUGAAGAGUUUAAUGGUACUAAUACACCAGUUAGAAAUUUAGAUUUACUAUCCAAGUUAAAAGAAGUAACUUCAAAUUCAGAUUUUAAAGCAACUUUUGCUGAUUUCCAAUGGGGUAAUGCAAAUGGAGAUCAUCAAGCUAAGUUUGAUAUGGAUAUUAAUUACUUAAGUAAUGAUAAGACAAAUCACAUGUUGACUUCAAAACUGAUUGGUUCUUGGUCAGCAGGUAUUGAUUCUAAAAUAGAACCUUAUGUGUACUUACAGUUUCAAAAUAAUUCAAUAGAAGAAAUAAAGACACAUCAAGUAUCAAUGAACUAUCGAAUCGUGGUAGUAAUAAAUCCACCAUUUGUCCAGUAUGAUAAUUCAAGUAAAACAUGGUCAGGUUACUGUAUUGAUAUGUUGAAUGAAAUCCAAAAGAUCAUGAACUUUUCAUACACCCUUUAUGCAGUCCCUGAUGGAAAAUAUGGUACUUUAACAGACGGUCAAUGGAAUGGAAUGGUAGCAGAGCUGAUGAAUAAAAGUGCAGAUAUUGCUUUGGGAUCUUUUUCCAUAAUGGCUGAAAGAGAUAGUGUGAUAGAUUUCACGAUUCCAUUUUACAAACAUGUAGGAAUUUCAAUCCUUAUGAUGAAACCCAAAGUUAAAACUUCGUUGUUCAAAUUCUUAACAGUCUUAGAAAAGAAUGUAUGGUUAUGCAUUUUAGCUUCAUAUUUUUUUACAAGUAUUUUAAUGUGGAUUUUUGACAAGUAUUCACCUUAUAGUUAUCAAAAUAAUAAAGAAAAAUAUAAAGAUGAUGAUGAAAAGAGAAUAUUUGAUUUAAAAGAAUGCCUUUGGUUUUGUAUGACUUCUUUAACUCCUCAAGGUGGUGGAGAAGCUCCAAAAAAUCUUUCAGGAAGAUUAGUUGCAGCAACUUGGUGGUUGUUUGGUUUUAUAAUUAUCGCUUCAUAUACAGCUAAUCUUGCUGCCUUCCUCACUGUUUCAAGAUUAGAAACUCCAAUUGAAUCACUUGAUGGUCUUAGUAAGCAGUACAAAAUCCAAUAUGCUCCAACAAAAGAUUCUGAAGCAUAUACAUAUUUCGAGAGAAUGGCCAAUAUUGAGCAUAAAUUUUAUGAAAUUUGGAAAGAUAUGAGUUUAAAUGAUAGUUUAUCUGAAGUUGAAAGAGCUAAGCUAGCAGUUUGGGAUUAUCCAGUAAGUGACAAAUAUACAAAAAUGUUUGAAGCUAUGCAAGAAGCUAAAUGUCCUGCAACUCGUGACGAAGCUCUAGAUAGGGUUCGAGGAUUAUCGAGUGAACAAACAUCAGAAUUUGCAUGGAUUGGUGAUGCUGCUGAAAUAAGAUAUUUGACCAUGACUUCUUGUGAUAUAAUUAUGGUGGGUGAUGAAUUUUCAAAGAAACCUUAUGGUCUUGGAGUUCAAAAUGGUUCUCCACUGAGAACUCAAUUAAACGAUGCGAUCAUCCAAAUAAAAAGAAAACAAAUUUUAGAUCAUUUGGAAGAUAAAUGGUGGAAUAAAAAUCCCAACAAAAAAAUUUGUCCAAAAAUACUUGAUCAAAGUGAUGGUAUCAGUAUCGAAAAUAUUGGUGGUGUUUUUAUUGUUAUUUUUGUGGGUAUAGUUUUAGCGUGUAUAACUCUUAGCAUUGAAUAUUGGUUUUAUGUAAUUAAACGCAUGAGGGUGAACAGAAAAUCGAUGAUGAAACCAAAAAUUGCCUGGCGAAAUGUUGAUAGUCGUCGAUUUAAUACUAUUAAGCCAUCUGAUUUAAUGAUUAAACCUGUAGAUUCCAACUGUCGAGCAAGGUUUUAAUAUAUUCUUAAGGUUGUAGAUU